AUGCACGACGCUUUCGAACAACGCCAUCUCAAUCGCUUGCCCGCCCGAUUCCGAAGUAUUGCCCGCUUGCUUGCCACGUCAUCUGAACCACACGACUUUGCCCAAUUCGAGGCACUGAUUCAUGCCGACCCACGAUCUCAUAUCUUGCUUCUGCCGCUGUACUGGAUAUUUCUUGAUCCGGCUCGUAUUCCUCCCCCAACUGCGCUGGAGAGUCCAUCUCCAUUAGAAGGUUUCGCUUUGCACGCGGCUUUCCUUGCCCUCUCUGGCUCUGCCAAGGCUAUGGAAGUGCAACGACGGUUAGACCACGCGCAGUGGUUCCAUGGCGAUCAGGUCCAAUUGCCAUAUCGAGAGUUAUGGCCACGUCUUUGGCGCUGGGCUUGCUUCGUUCAGCAGAAUUGGGCUCUCAUCCCUGCCUCAUAUUGCCAUAAGCACAGCUGCAACGAGUCGUCCAUCAUUGCCUCACUAUUGCGCUUUACCGUCACUGCAUUCAACAUCCAUUCCCCAAACGAUGCCAAUUUUGCCAUUCGAGAACCUGGUUUCCUACGUGUAGUCUUCCGCCACUGGAGCCUGCGACUGGCACAGUCAAGCGACCGCAUCCCAGAAGACCUUGACCUCUCAUGCGCCUUUCUCAAUCUUCCGCGUGGCUCCCUAGAUGAAAUCAUUUCAGGUGUGGGAGGGAGUCUGAAUGAUGUUGCGCGACUCUUUGCAUCCCAUAUUCGCAUAUAUGCCAAGGAGCUUGAACGCCGACCACUCAGGGCAAGAUGGAGCCCCGCUGAUCGCGUCUUCACUCAGAUCAGGGGCACGAUCGGCUCUAUCAACAACCUUGUGCCAGGACAUGCUCCUGAGUCUGCAACACGUGCACAGCCAGGUCCAUUUAUCGAAAUUUUCUUGUCAUAUUUGAACCCCCGGACCCUUGUACGCAUGGCACAUCGCCUCGUGGCGUACGACACCUCUCGCUACACUUCUGGCGAGAUCUAUGGCUGGGGCACGGUGAUGCGCGAUGCUAUCUUCAUUCUCGGACUGCUUCUUAUCCGCAGCCGUCGCUCGGUUCGCAUUGCGCUGCGCCACGAGCUCAUCUCUGUCUUGGUGCGCGCUAGCAGUCGAGAUGACGGACGAAAGCCUGAGAGCGUUGCCGAUGCAGUGAACGAUAUAAUCAAAGAGGUUCUCUGCCCGGCAACACUUUUUUCAUCCAUCAACCAGUUGCUUCAAACUUCAUUUGCCGAUAUCCACCAGCUUUUAUCGUCGACUCAGUUCCUUAACUCUCCCUCGCAGAAGUAUUCUUCCCAGCUGCUUGAUAUGGUACAGGUGAAUUCGCUUCCGCAAGUGGCCGCUCGUGCGUUGAACCAGGCAAAUUAUGGUAUCUGUAAUUCGAGCAAGUGCUUGAAGAUUGCGAAUAAAGCCCAGCUGAGACGCUGCGCAAACUGCAGAGUGUCGUUAUAUUGCUCGUCGGACUGCCAGCGCUUCGAUUGGAGGCAGGGAAUGCACCGUGCAACAUGUUUGACGUUCCUGGUGACCGCCCAAGCAACCGCACUGAGAUUCUCGCUCCCCGAACUGGCUGAUAUGCAUGCAGCCAUGACCUAUCAUCACCAAAACCACACCGCAGGGUACUACUUUGCGAUCGCCAUGCACACCAUUGGCCGCACAACCCCCACUCCCUACUUUGUUGUGGUCGACUUCGCGAACCAUAACUGGCAGAGGGGCAUAGGCCCUCUUGUUUUUGCGCUCAGCGCCGUCACGGUGGACUCUGACUCGCCGUUGACGGAGAUUCGUGAGUACUUCCCGGCGGGAGCGAUGGACGCCUGGCUCGCCCGCGCGGAGGAGUGCAGUGAUCGGAUGGAGCUGCACGUGCUGCGGUUCGCGAUAGGCAACGCAGCACAGUUCGUGGUGAUGCCGUUUUGUUUCAGCGGAGACCGCCAAUUCCUGAUCGACACUGGAAGGGAUUUCCUGCGUCAGGAAGAACAGAAGAGUGGGGGUGUCACGCUUGAGGGAUUUCGCAGGCGCUGGGAAAGCGUGAAGGUACCAGAAGACUUUCAGUGGUUCUAUCAAAAGGCAUUUUAG